GACUCCAUGAGGGCUGAGUUUCUCUGGCUCACGCUCUUUCCGGAGUUCGAUACUCACGCUCAUUUCGCAGCCUUAUCUAAACCGUCUUGCAGGAAGAUUCCCUCGGAAGCGGAGGUUCAGUCUUGAGCAGAUUUUUCAUCCUGAAAGGUGAAGUGAAAAGCUCGGUAACAGAACAUAUUGUCUGUGGAAUUAUCUGGAAAAUUUUCCACUGUUUUUUGGUUUUUCAGUUCUUUUACAAGGGCAAUUGUUAAGUUUUACCUUGGAAAAAAGCCGAAAAUAAGUGAUCGAGUGGUGUAGUGGACCCUUCGGGUGGGGCUGUGCCCCGGGAAAGUGCUCUAGUGUAGCAGGCUGGAAAGGUGCGAAUUUCCAGCAAAGAUGGGAUUAAAGGAUUCUUGUUAAGAAGUCUGCUGGCACAGCUGAACACAGAUUGUUGCUCCACCUGAACAGAGUGGUCUAUUUCGGCAGAUAGCCGGGAAAGUAACCGUAGCAGUUCCAUUAGAGGAGACUCUCGUAGAAGCAGUGCAGAUCCCAUAACCAGUGUAACAAAUCGGAAACCCACAAGCAGCUUGCUAGAGGACCAACAUCUCACCUAGCCCCCCCCCCCCCCCCCCUCGCCCAGAAAGGGGAUCUCGCUGAAUACAAACCCGUGCAAGCGAGAGGGGGCAAGCAUAACUUUAAAGUGAUGUAAUAAUAGCACAAUGUCAAAUAUUGACAUAUCGACGACAGCAGUAGCAGCAUGGACACACAAACGGCGACAACUAGUACAACUGCUGGUGGUAGGAUGGAUGAUCCUGGCCAACGUUGACAGUAGCACCGUUUCGGCCGAGGGCAAUAUCGGAUGCCUCUUCGCCGAGACGCUCUGCGUCGAACAUCUAGAGUGGUGCUACGAUGAUUUCGUAUUCGGCAAAUGUCUUCCACAAUAUGGACUAGAACCGGAGGAACUUUUUCGGGAACCGCUGGAUGAAGACCAGUCCCGUUUCUUGGCCAUAAUGCUGGAAGACCUACAGGGCGCUGGCCUGGGAUGGGAGCACGUAUUUACCCAGUGUCGUAUGCAGGGAGCUCUCUUUGCAAUGCGUUCCAAUACGGAGAUUCCUCGGAAUUUGUGUGCCAAUCUGGCACCAGAUCCAGAAGUACUUGGCCCCCAGAGCCCGCUAGCGUUUGUCCGUUUCACUCCACCCAACGAUGAAUACGCCGAUGAGGUAUACUAUCCUCCUCUGAAAAAGUCCUCAUCGUCGGCACCGUCUCCGUCGUUCUAUCCUUCUGCUUUACGCACCGUCAAAAAAUCCUCAAACAUAGAGCUUCUUCCGGAACCUCUAGUACCUAUGAUCCCGAAAUAUCAUCACACCCCGAUUGUGGAAGAUAUGGAACCGAUGUCAUAUCCUAUCAUAACCCCCCUCAUUGACCAACAGCAGGAAGAACGGGAACGAAGCCGUCUCCGGGAGCUACGGAACCGAGCUGCCCUACGAAGAAUGCUACAGCAACUGGAGAUUAGCAAUUUCGGACCUCAACGUUAUCCUAGUCCAGACGUCACCGAUUACCUCGACGAUCAGAUUCCCAACGAGAUGGAACACUUCCACAAGCAACCACCUUCCUUCAACGAAAAACGUGAUCACUCGAUUUUCAAGGAACAGAAAGCCGAUAUUGACGAGGAAAAGGCUCUGAAACAGUUAGUAGAAAAACUGACCCCUUUGGACGUUCCCGAUUACACCUUCAUAAAUCCGAAGACAACUUCUUUCCGCGAGUAUGCCAACAAGCAUCACAUUCCUAAGAUCUCGAAUUUCGCUCCGGAAAACGUCAACGAUCCCGUGCAUGAAAACGACGUACCAACCAUGGACAAGUUCUACACCCAACCCCACCAUCAUCUGACCGAUCUUAACGAAUUCCCUAGCACCUUCCGCGAGGAUGCCCAGUAUGCACCGUCCGAAGCGGGUCUCUACACCGAGGGUGGGUUCGUCUAUGUACCGAAAACGGGCACGGCGAAGGGUAAAAAUGAAGCGCGCGCCUUACUGGACAACAUCCUCGGGUUCACCCGGCACGAGCGAUUGGAUGUGAAGAAACCGGGACCACCGGCACCUCCACCACCGUCGACACCAUCGGCCAAUGAACUACCGCAGGAAGCGUUGCCCAGCAGCAGCAGUAGGCACGACCAGGAUGACGGUUCCAAGCCGCCCAAAUCGAAAAAGGAAUUGCACGUUCACACCGAUGACAGUCACGCUCCGCACUCGGUUGAUACCGAGUAUGCGCACGUGAUUUUGAAGAAUCCAAUUGAUAACUGGAAGGAUGGAUCCCGGAUCGUUACCGCUUUAGCUGAGCUAUUGAACAUGCAGGGAUAUUUUACGCACCCAAGAGUUGAUCGCCAUGAAGUAUCAUUUCGGGUUGAACCAAACCCGGACAAGAAGACGGCUGCCGAUGUCGCGAAGCAGAUCAACGAUAGCCGUUUCAAGAAUAACCUCUCUCGGCGCCUUGGCGUUCUGGUAAUCCAAGCAGGCGUAGGCGACAAAACCAAGGAGAUUGAUGCCGUGACGACCGAACGAUUGAAGCGCGUCGAGGAAGGACCCGAUGUAACCCAUGUGAUGGCGUUUAUGUUUGCAGGAGCUGGGGCAGCGGCGAUCAUCGUGAUCGUGAUCACUUUAUUUCUUAUCAAGAAACAUGAUAAAAAGAAGGACAAGUUAGGUGGUCUACAAGCUGGCCUUGCUGGUGCAGAUAGUUGCAGUAAGGACUAUCAGGAUCUAUGCCGAGCGAGGAUGGCUGGAAAGACGGGUACAACUGAGUCGCCUGGCGGACGGAUAACUUCGUUGGCGAAAGAAGCUGAGCGGCCACCGUCGUCUAGGUCCAGUACAUCGUCUUGGAGUGAAGAACCCGCGUUAACAAAUAUGGACAUCUCUACCGGUCACAUGGUUUUAUCUUAUAUGGAGGAUCAUCUACGUAAUAAGGGUAGAUUACAGCGAGAAUGGGAGGCAUUGUGUCGCUAUGAAGCGGAACCGAGUGCGAGGGAUGCUGCAUCGCAGGCACAAUGUGCUCCACUGAACCGUCCCGGUGCUCCGCUACCAUACGAUCACUCUCGGGUAGUCCUGAACCAUUUGGCCAAUGCGGAAGGAAUGGAUUACAUUAACGCUUCUACAAUCACGGAUCAUGAUCCGCGUGCCCCGGCCUAUGUGGCCGCGCAAGGUCCAAUGCAGUCGACGCUAGCCCACUUCUGGCAGAUGGUAUGGGAACAAGGUGCGGUUGUACUAGUGGCACUUUGUCGGUUACAAGAAAACGCUGAAUCUGCUUGCGCCCGGUACUGGCCCGAGGAAGGCGCUGAAGUAUAUCACAUCUAUGAGGUGCAUCUGGUCAGCGAGCACAUCUGGUGCGAUGAUUAUCUGGUGCGAUCGUUCUAUCUGAAAAACCUGCGAACCGGAGAGACACGCACCGUUACCCAGUUCCACUUCCUUUCAUGGCCACAGAGCGGCGUGCCUACCUCGGCCAAGGCUUUGCUGGAUUUCCGGCGGAAGGUUAACAAAUCGUACCGUGGACGUUCGUGUCCGAUUGUUGUGCAUAGCAGCAACGGAUCCGGCCGUACCGGUGCGUACAUCCUGCUGGACCUGGUACUGGGUCGCAUGAACAAGGGAGCCCGUGAAAUCGACAUAGCGGCCACACUGGAGCACCUGCGUGAUCAGCGAGCUGGACUCGUUGCCACCCGGCAACAGUUCGAGUUUGUGCUGAUGGCCGUGGCCGAAGAAGUGCAUGCCAUUCUGAAAGCUUUACCACAGAACUCCGGUGCAAGCGGAGAGAAACGACCAAGUGAUCCGGAAAAGGAACAGCACCAGCAGAGUAAAGAACCAUCCGAUCCGGAGACAAAGGAAAAGGACAAAGCGACGGAUAAAUGAAUGAAGGAAAUGUUGUAGUCAAACGUUUAAUUGUAUUUUCAAGAUUUGUUUCUUUUUUAAAUUUUUUAGAUGAUUUUUGAGAUUCGAUUUUUGCCCCCCAAAAACUCGUUGCUCAAAGUAAAAACUAAUAUUCUGGGCAUGGAGAUUUAUAUUUGUUUUGUUUGCGCAUUUCAUUUAGAAAAAUAAAUAAAUCUGUAGUUUAGGGUUCGAAGUUUUAUUACAAAUUCAAAGUAGUAGCACAACUAGGUUUAACAUCAGUUGCAGUUCAAUUUAAGUUUAUGGAACCUGAAACACACGAUACCGGAAAACCAAUGCAAACGUCUUAGGGAAUUUUGAAUGACACAAGUAAAACCCAAACCAAAUUAUUAAGUAUAACUGUUAUUUAAUCAAUCCUUAAAAAAAUAAUUGAAAGAAGAAAAUGUAAUUAUUAUCCGUCAAUUUUUCUGACUAGUAAUAGAACAAAUUGACAACAUCAUAAAAUCAAGCCACGAGGGCAAAUUUUAUCCCUUUUCAAGAUGGAAAAAAAUUUGCCCUCCUGAACUGCGAAGUAUUUUCAAGCAUCUAUUGGGAAACAUUUUCUAACAACUAACCAAAUAUACCCGGCAACGAAGCUGUCUGCCGCGCUGAACACCCGCCGCCAGCCAGCGGAUAUGGACGGUGCGACGCAUCCGGAGACAAGAUCUGAAAGCAAGUUACCACCUAGAGGCACACAUACACCCACACACCGGACACGUGCAGGCGAGCAAGGUUAAACUUAUUAUCAGAUAAGAUAAAUAUCAUCAUUUAAUUAUUUCUAUAAACUGAAGGAAUAUAAAAUCAGUAACAGCAAAUAACAUCUAACCAAACCAAGUUCACAUAUGUACCUCUAAUGAAAACUUUUUUUUAAAAACAAAAAUAAAUUUUAAAGCCGUUAGAAAUGAAAAUAAUUGAAUUAAAAAGUAUAUAUUUGAAGGGCCAAUGGAUAAAAAAGGUAAGAUUAUGUAUGAGCUAACAAACACACCUGACAAAUCAGACGCAACCGACACAUCAUCACACACAAAAACACUUACACAGAGUAGGCACUGUUCAUUCACACAUACCGCCAUCUGGCGACAAACUAGGGAAACAACUAUUGAUGCAGCUAUUAGAUAGGAUUCUAGAGAAUACGAACAGAAGAAAGGGGGCUUGUUAGGAGGAGUGAGGGGACCGGUAGUCAACCGGAAGGAACAGUUGAUAAAAUAUAUAUUUUUUGAUUCCUUAUUGGAUUUGAAGACGCACGGAAAAAAGAAGACUACACGCUAAAUCUUAUUUUGGAUAACGACAAAUGAAACAUGCGAUUGUUCGAUGAAAACAGUUAAAUAACGUAAGGUAGCUUUUAAACAACAAACACAACAGAUUGAAGAACAGGCUCUUCACGCAUUUCUUCAAAUUAUAUAUAUGAAUAUGGGAGCUGUAAGAUAAGUACAUAUAUAUAUAUACAUUAUAUACAUAUACAGCAAAGGUACAUUUCGCACGUCUCCAACCAACAAAAUGUUAUAAUGAUGAAACGUAAAACUAGCACAGCAUAAGAAAUAUAAAUAUUGGCUCACCCUGUCCUGUCAAAGUGUCCUAAACUAUCCAGCCAGUUUAGGCUCGUUGACAGGUGAAAUCAUCCGAACUUUUUGCUAAUUUCCCUGGCAGAAGAAUUACGCAAGCUCGACCUUAGACUAGGUAAAUUUCCGCAGAUUCUUAGAGUAAGAUUGACAUUUAGUUGCUUUAUUUCUUUUCGGGGGCCAUACCGAAACCAUAACCUUUCAAACAGUCAAAGUAGGCGUGAAAAUUACCUCUCUCUGGUCGGCAAAGGAAUGUGGAAAGUUAAGGAAAUAUAUUGGAAACAGAACAUCCGAUUGAACAAAAAAAAACUAUUGGUUUACAUUUGAACUGUCAAACGAGUUAAAUAGAGACUGACAUAUGUCUUUUUUGUACACGUUUUCUCCUUUUUUUGCUACUAGAAUUUUGUCCCACUGGAUAAAGAACUCAAACCUUUUUGGAAAACCGUUUUCAUUCAUUUAAAUGAAACGUCUGUCCUUCGUUUUAAUUUCAAAAGCAAAUCUUACAAUUAACCAAUAAUGGGUAAAGGAAGAACCUUAUAAAAUAUAUUCGAUGUAACAAGUUUCAAAAACUAUUCAAAAGAUGCAAACACAUUUUAAGUCAUUAUUCCUAGAAAGUAGACAUAUUAUACAAUACAAAGUCUUAUACAUAAACAAACGACUAUACAUAUACAAAAGUUAUCCAUAUAGCAAACAACUAAAGCAAAAAAAAAACACAAAUGGGGCUUAUUAUUAUACAUUAAUCAUUGUUUAACUUUAGCCAACGGCAAAAAUAUUAUCGCAAUCAGUUGAUGGUAAAUCUUUGUUGUUUAGUAAUCGUACCGUUCAGUGUAGGAUCUUAGCUGUCGAAGAAAAAGCAACAGUUCAGUGUGUUGGUUUGUCUAUAUGGCCGAGAUCCUCUCCGCGCCGGUACGCGUUGUUGUGAGAAGGAACAUUGAAGGUGUUGAAUUGGAUAAAAACUGUCACAAAUUAUCUAUCAUUUAGAAGAAAAGAGAGAAAUAUAGAAGUUAUAUAUAAGUGGUAACAAAGAUGGGAAAAAUAUUCAUAUAUUCUUGUGUAUAAAUGUCCACAGUACAGCAAAUAGCAUUAUCACAAAACAAAACAGGUGAAAUAAAAUGUAUAUCAGCUAAACUUCGUUGUCUCAAUCGAACACCUGAAGAAACGCGCUUGUAUAAAAAGGUUAUGAAAUGUAAAUGCUAUUUUGAUUACAAACAAAAUAUGAUCACGAAUUGGUAAAGAAAACAAAACGGAGGAAUUCUUCUUUUGACGUAGGACUACGUCCUUUACGUUUUUAAAUCAAGCUAUGUUAAGUUUUGAAAGUAUAAUUUACUUCGUUAGUCAAAGAUUUUCAUUUUAUUGAGUCACUGCAGAAGGGUUAAAUACAACGCAACAGGGAAACUAAUUGAAAAAUUUAACAAAAAAUUGGUGUAACAAUUUCCAAAUUUUUAACAUUAAAAAAAAUAUUGUUUCAUGUUAAUCUUGAGGUGCAAGGUUGUAUUGUAUAAGUAAGUUGAUUUAAAUCUACCGAGCAGCGAAUACUGCACACACCCCGUGCAAUUUAUGAAAAGGAACGGAAUGCAAACUGUCAAAGUACACUCCUCGACAAAUAUAUGAUUAGGGCUUAAAAGCGAACUGUCAAAAUUCUCUUUAAAAGGAAAUUCUGAACAAUCCGUUACUGGCCAAACACAGUUCACAGCGGUUUAUGAAAGAGAAAACUUUUCUCUUUUGUCUACUACCAACAUCUGUGGUUGGCGAGUAACGGUUUGUCCGAAAUUUCCUUUCAAAAGAACAGUUGACAGUUGGCUUUAAAGUCGUAAUCAUAUGUUUGUCGAGACUUUUUGAUGGAGAACUUGCGAACAAACCAUUGCUCACCGAGCAUAGCAUAUAAUUAAGGUGAAAAAAAACAUCUGUUAAAGCCGAUGUUGAGGGGAAAUUCCGGACGAAACGUUACUUGCCAAGCCAAGCUGUCAAUAGUAAGCAAAAGAGAAAUGUUUUUUUCUUUCAUUGACUGCUACGAGUUGUACUUGGCCAAUAACGAUCUUUCCAGAAUUUCUCAUUAAAAUAUAUUUUGACAGAUUAUACCUUAAUUUUAGGUUAAUCAAGAGCUGUUUACUUUUAACAAAUGAGAAAAGUUUUUUGAUAUGAUCUGUGCAUCCAGAACUUCCCCUCAAAAUAUGUUUUGACAGUUGGCUGAAACGCCCUUAUCAUUAGUUACUCGAGGUAUAAUCUUUUUUAUCAACACUCUUGUGAAGCACUCUCAAAUUAUCGCCGCAAAAUUCACGAACAGAUCAGAACGUAGUUGAAAAUCGGGACGGAUUAUUGACAACAGAGACGAGUAACACCGGGAGAAAAUCACGAUAUCAAAUUUAUUUAUGUCAACAGAUGUAACCAUCACACAGACACAAAAUAUGUAAAAUAUUUACAGGAGCAGUUGCAGAAGAGUACUAAGAUCACAAACACAAACACACAUCCUUAUCACAUUUUGUGUAAUGCAUGAUAUACAUACAAUAACGCAACUAUGGAAAUAUAUAAAUGAUAUUCUAUUGAAAAAAUAAAACAAGCAAAUCAAAGUGACUCUAUUUAUCUGUAUCAUCAGAAUAGAUUACAAUUCCCAACUGCACACACUCACACGUACACACGAACAAACAUGCACAACACUGGUCUAAGUAUUUGGAAACAGUGCUUCGCAGAGAGACUUUUACUAUCAGUGCACACCGGCAGAGGAGGUAAACAUUGAUGUUUAAUUAAAGGAAAAUCCCUAUUCUAUCGAAGGUGUAAGAUGUGAGCUCUUUUUACCUGAUAAAAAGCAAAAAGAAGAAGAAGUAAAAGAAGGCAAAAAACUAAUAAAACUAAACAUAAUAGUGAACGAAUGAAGAAAAUCUACACGGCAAGUGACUGGAAGCUGAGGAUAAGCGGGGGAAAUAAAGUCCAAUUAUGACAGUCAAGAGA